AACAAACAAACAGAGAACAUAGACUUUGUACUCAAUCAAAGGAAUGAGGAAGAGAACUUAUUGCUAAAGAUAGAUGUCAAGGGAAAGAAGGCACGCAAGUUGUUCCUGUUGGUCGGAAACAAACGUGCAUUCUUCUUUAAACCAGGUGGAAAGCUCGAGGUCGACUAUCACUUCCUUGACAUCAUGGAGGUCAAGACGGACAAUCCAAAGGAGGUACAGAUGAAGUUUAGGAGUGACAAUGGCAAGGAGCCCCUGGUGUUUGCCGUGGACAAUGCCAACGACUCGGCAGAGAUCGUGCUGGCCAUGGACUACCUGUUCACGCUGAACUUCCCCGGCAUGAAGACCAACAGGAUGAAGAUCAUCGUGCUGCCCGACACACGUGUCGCCGAGAUAUACUCGUCGCCCAACGCCGUCACGCCAGAGAUUGGUCCGUGUGCCGGCCUCUCGCUGACCUACUCAUCAAUGUGCGACUUUAUGAAUGUGCAGCCCAUCUCUGAGGUGAUCUGGCACAUUGACUAUGUGCUCAAUGGCACCGAUGUCAAAGACUUUGACUAUGGCUUCUUCUUCAAGAAGGAUCGUCUACUCAGCGGUGAUGCACGUCCCCUCAUGGCCGCACUUGCCAUCAACACAUGGUUCAACUCGUUCACAAUCAAGAGUGUCAAGCUGUCAACUGAAUGUAUUGGAGCCAUAAUCAGUUUGGUUGGACAAUCGACAAGCUUUGAGAAGAUCAAUAUUAAUGGCGUGGGCUUCGAUCGUUCAAGCUGUGAGAAGUUGGUUGAUGCCAUCGCGUCAAACAAGGCAUUGCCAUUGAAGGAGUUGGAUCUAGGUAACAAUCAAAUAGAGGACAAGGGAAUGAUUGCCUUGGCCGACAUGUUAAAGACUACACAGUUGCAGCUGUCCUCGCUGAUCCUGGAGGGUUGUGGCGUGGGCCGUGCAGCAAUGUCAGCGCUGGGCGAGGCACUGGGCGCCAACGACGUCAUGCUCACUCACCUCAAGUACCUGGACAUCAGUGGCAACAAGCUCGAGUCCGAGGGCUCCAACUCCAUCUCCAACUUCCUUGUAAAGUCCAAGUCGCUGCGCACCUUUAAGAUCGCCAGCACGCAGCCACUGUUCCAUCAGCUCAAGAAGUGCGCCACAAUCACCACGUUUGACAACAGUGGCAAUCGUAUCGUCAAGAAGGAUUCGCUACAUCUGGACAUGGUGCGUUUCCUCAACCACUCGCUGCAUCUCACCAAUCUGAACCUGUCUCGCUGUCAGAUGCCCAUCGAGGUCAUCCAAGAGGUGUUUGGUGAGGGCAACCUCAGCAAGCUCGAGACGCUCAACAUUGCCGAGAACGACCUUGGAGACGAGGGUAUAUCAAUCGUAUGCGACCUUCUCGCCAGCCACACCAACCUUAAAUCACUUGACAUCUCUGGCAACUUUAUCAGAAGGAGCAAGGUACGAACGAAUGCCAUCGAGUCCAUUAUCAAUAUGGUGGAGAAGAAGUCAAGGACAUACAGCUCGAUAAAGACAUUGAUCAUACAGGGUGGCUCAAAGUCCCAGCUCAAGGGCGAUCUGUUGCCAAUCAUCUGCAGCCUUUACUACAACAGCACACUGAAGGAGCUUGAUAUCAGUGGACACUCCAUCGGAGACAUUGGUGCCGCUGCACUCGGCAAGCUGUUGCAAUCCAACUUCACGCUCGAGAAGCUCGAGUGGGACGACAACUCGACGACCGCACGUGGACUGAUGCUGUUCAAGCUUGGCCUGCUCCGCAACUCGAGUCUGUGCAAGAUGCCCAUUCCAAUGCGAGACAUUGCCACGUCGCUCAAGAGUGACAACACACCAUUGAACAUCCAGCGCAUCACUGAGCUGGUGGGCGAGAUCCAGCAACAGCUUCUGGACAACCUGGCCAAGAACACUGCUCAAUCCACACGACCCAAGUCCAUGAGUGCGGGCACACUCUCACCGCCCAAGCCAAGAUCCUCAUCAACACCAACAUUUGCCAUCGAUCCCAAGAUGACCACUGCCACCUGUGCCGGUUUGAAAUCAUUCUCUGACAGUUCCGUUGAUAGUGAGAUCAUUGAACCUCUGGCCAACCUUCCAGUCAAGUAA